AUGAAUACAAACAACAAUAUUAUCACCUGGAACUGUAGAGGAGCAGCAGGAAAAGAUUUUUAUCGCUAUGUGAAACAUUUCAAUGAUGUGUACAAACCAAUCAUCUUGGUUAUCAUGGAAACCAGAUGUGAUCCUCAUCGAGCUGCAAAGACACUAAAAAAGAUAGGGUUUGAUGAUUAUGUGAUCAACAGUAACAAUGGUUUUGCUGGCGGCAUUAUAGUAGCUUGGAAAAUUGAUGGUGUGCAUCUUCAGUUAGAGAGAUCUGAAGAACAAUAUAUUCAUUUAAAGGUUAAACAGAAUAAUGGGCAUGAGUGGUUGUUCACAGCCAUCUAUGCUAGUCCAAAUGAUACCAAAAGAAGGCUCAUAUGGGAUCAACUCAAAAACAUGGCUAGCAAUAUCCAUCUUCCAUGGCUCUUAGCAGGGGAUUUCAAUAACAUCGCCUUUGCAAGUGAAAAAAAAGGUGGUGCUCAAGCUUAUAGUAGGAAGUGUAAAGUUUUCAGGAACAACAUCGAGGAAUGUAGCCUUAUGGAUCUUGGUGCAUGUGGACCAGCUUAUACUUGGUGUGGGCCUAUUUUUCAUAGAGGACAAAGAAUCUAUGAGAGAUUGGAUAGGGCUCUUAGUAAUGAAAGUUGGAGAUUGGAAUUCCAUGAAGCCAUAGUCAAAGUUUUAUCCAGAGUGGAAUUCUCUGAUCAUCACCCCCUCAUGAUAUCACUGACGGGUAAUAAGCAUAUGAGAAGCCCUAAUCGGUUUCGUUUUAAGAGUGCUUGGAUGUUGGACGAGAAACACAAAGACCGUUUGUUGGGAAUCUAG